CGUCACCUUCGUAUUUCUCUUUCUAUCUAUCUAUCACAAAUUCACAACAGCACAUAUAGGGACAGCGAGUAGUGUAACUUGGGUAAAGGAGAGAACUUUGAAAAGCUUGAAGCUUUGUGGUUAUGGAUCAUAGACCUGAUGCAGAAGUAAAAAGAAGUUACAAAAGGGAUCUUCCUCCUGCCCACUUCAUGUUCAAGGUAGAGUCUUUCUCUUUACUCUCAGAGGCAGAGGUCGAAAAAUAUGAAACUGAUGUUUUUGAAGUUGGGGGCUACAAAUGGAACUUGAUAUUCUAUCCAAAUGGUAAUAAGAAUGCCAAUGCAGAUGACCACAUCUCCCUUUAUUUGGCAAUCAAAGAGACAGAAAAGCUUCCUGCUUGCUGGGAGGUUAAUGCCACUUUCAAAUUUUUUGUGUUUGAUCAUAUUCGAGACAAAUACUUGAUCAUCGAAGGUUGUAAGGGUUCUAUGAAGCGAUUCCAUGCGAUGAAGACUGAAUGGGGAUUUGCUCAAUUUAUCUCCCUAGAGUCUUUGAAGAAUGCAUCUACUGGAUACCUUGUUGAGGAUUCAUGCAUAUUUGGGGCAGAGGUCUUUGUUGUCAAAAGCAGUUGCAAAUUUGAGUGUCUUUCCAUGAUUAAGUACUCUAGUAACAAUCUCAUGACUUGGAAGAUAAAAGAUUUUUCGAAGUUAGACAAGAUAUAUUAUGAGUCUGAAGUGUUUGAUGUUAAAGGAUCAAAAUGGAAGUUGGGGCUUUAUCCAAAAGGUGAUGGGAGUGCCAACGGUAAAUCUCUUUCCCUCUACCUAUGUUUGAAUGAGACUGGAAGCCUUGCUCCUAGCCAGAAAUUGUUUACCCGUUUCAAGCUGCGAAUAAGGAACCAAAUUCAAGAUUCUGAUCAUGCUGAAAGGAUUGGCAACGCUUGGUUUGGUUGCUCUAGCCUCCGCUUGGGUUAUCCGGAUUAUAUAUCCCUGCAGGAUCUCGACAAACCGGGGAAAGGCCUUAUUGUGAAGGAUUGUUUGAUGGUUGAAGCGGAAAUUCUUUAUGUGUCUAAAUUUAAGAGUUUAUCUUGAGAUUUCUAUUUAGGCUGUUUUUGGUGACUACUUCAUUAGAUAUUAAUGAAGAAUAUGCCGUAUCUAGAUGCUAAGGGUUUUCCUUUAUAAGUAUUAGUAAAUUUGGCUGUUGUUUUUAUGGAAACUGGGGAUGAUGUGGAAACUAAAUGAUAUCUGUUUCAACUUUCAAGCCUUCUAUAAUUGUUCCAGUCCCAGGGUUUUGGUAA